UUUUUUCCUCCUUCCUCCCACACUUCUCGUCUUGUGCUUCAAGCCUGGGCUCUCCCUCUCGUCGUUUAUUUUACUCAAAUUUACCUCCAAUCUCCAUCCGGAAGCUCUAGAUCUCUAUCCAGGAUGGCCAUUCAUUCUCAGACGCCUCAGGCAGGAACGUCAUUGUUUAUGAACUGAAGUUGGUGAACGCGAUAUACAUCACUUGCGUGUUCUAAGUAGGCGUGAUGUAAUAGGUGAGACCAAUGACUCCGUCAUGGCGACACGAGGGGCUCUUAUAGAACCAACGGAAAACAAAACGGAUACCCAUCGCACCCACCCCCAACGAUGUCUGAAACUCAAUUCCAACAGGGACACUCCGUUCCACCCCAAGAUCAAAACCUACCCGGCUCUCAGUCGGCGAUGGGCCCCCCUCCUCAAUCCGAAUACAUCCCCGACUGGGACGGUGGUUAUAAGCUAUACCAAGCCGCUGGUAAACUCGAAGGUCGUAAAGCCCUCAUCACAGGCGGAGACAGCGGUAUCGGACGUGCCAUCGCCAUCUUGUACGCUAUGGAAGGCGCCGAUAGUUUUAUCACUCACCUUCCCGAGGAGAAAAAAGACGCGGAGGAUACAAAGAAGUUUGUGGAGAAGUACGGGAGGAAAUGUCAUUUGAUGGAGGCCGAUUUGACGAAGAAAGAAGUGUGUAGGAAGGUUGUCGAGAAUGCGUUACAAGCGAUGGGGACUAUCAAUAUCCUUAUCAACAAUCAUGCUUUUCAGAUGCAGGUGGAGGAUAUCAAGGACUUGCCAGAGGACCAAUGGGAACACACAUUCAACACCAACAUCCAUGCUUUCUUCUAUCUUUGCAAAUAUACGUUACCGCAUAUGAAGAGAGGGGACAGCAUCAUCAACACCGCAUCCAUCAAUGCGUACAUCGGCCGACCCGACUUGCUCGAUUACACGUCCACGAAGGGAGCUAUCGUCGCUUUCACUAGAGCAUUGUCGAAUCAAUACAUCGGCAAGGGAAUUCGCGUCAACUGCGUCGCUCCUGGACCGGUUUGGACACCAUUGAUUCCUUCGACGAUGAGUAAAGAAAGCCAGGAGAAGUUCCAAGCACCGAUGGGAAGGCCCAGUCAGCCUAGUGAGAUUGCGACGUGUUUCGUGUUCUUGGCUAGUAUGGAUAGCGCUUCGAUUUCGGGGCAGACGAUUCAUCCCAACGGAGGUACUGUGGUUGGUGGUUGAUGCUGUUGUUAUACGUGUAUGUUUCUUGUGUGUCAGUUGCCCUUUAGCCAAUCAAAGCACAGUCGA